GAGCAUAGCAGAACACAUGUGAAAAAAUACGUCUUAAACGUCAAAAAAAUAUUCACUGAUCAAAUUAUCCUUUUUGUACAAUAUAAAUAUUUGUAUAAAGUUACUGAACUUACUGAGAAGUUGAAAUUUGUCAUGUCACUUUAUUUAGUGCAGUGAUAAUUAUAAAAAUUAAGUUUAUAUGUUGAUUUACACUUGAUUUUUCUACUUAUUGAGGUUAUGUUUUGAAAAACAUUUAAAUAAAUAUUAUAAUUAUAGACAAACAAUGAAUGAUUUAAAAUCCGAAAUAAGUUUCUAAUAAAAAUUGAUUUUUCCUGUACGUACUUGUCUCAUUAAAUUGGGAAUUUUUCAAGAAAUAUGCGAAACAUUUUGAAUAUUUCCUCGCUUUGGAGAACGACAAGGCAAAGGAAUUUUUGUUGUCAAUUAUGUUCGUUAAGCAAAAAAUUGUCAACAGCACCGAGCGCUGAAAGUACCCAAAACGAAAUUGAAAUCAAUCAUCAAAAAUACGAGACCGACAAUUGGACAAAUGUGACACCAAAAAUAAUUUCAAAAAUCAGUCGUAAUUUACAUCAACAAGAAAAACAUCCCCUCUAUUAUGUGAAACGACGAAUAGUAAAUUAUUUUUACAAAACUUACUUGAAUAACGUUGGAAAUCCUCUCUUCAGUAUUUAUGACAAUAUAAGUCCAAUUGUCACAACACAGCAAAAUUUCGAUUCACUAUUAGUGCCCAAUGAUCAUGUGAGUCGAAAUAAAUCUGAUUGCUAUUACAUCAAUCAGAAAUUAUUAUUGCGAGCGCACACAACUGCACAUCAAUCGGAAUUGAUUUCAAUGGGUCUUAAUAAUUUUCUCAUUAUUGGCGAUGUUUAUCGAAGGGAUGAAAUUGAUUCCAAGCAUUAUCCAGUGUUUCAUCAGGUUGAUGGCGUUCGUAUUUGUACGGCCGAUGAAGUUUUUUCAAAUGUGAAAAAUUCCCGUGAUUUGCAACUAUUUGAACACAGGGGCAAUGAAAAUUCUGAUAAACAAGGCUGUCACAGUUUAGAUGCAGUGAAAAUAAUGGAAUUUGAUUUGAAAAAUUGUCUCGUUGGUCUUGCACAAAAUCUCUUUGGAAAAGAUAUCCAAUAUCGUUGGGUCAACGAAUAUUUUCCAUUCACACAUCCGUCUUGGGAAUUGGAAAUAUUUCACAAUGAUCAGUGGAUGGAAUUAUUGGGAUGUGGAAUUGUGAGACAAGAAAUUCUACAAAAAGCCGGUGCAUCCGAACGAAUUGGCUGGGCUUUUGGUUUGGGACUCGAGAGAUUGGCAAUGCGUUUGUACAAUAUUCCGGAUAUUCGCAUUUUUUGGAGUACCGACUCGGGAUUUUUGCAUCAAUUCGAAGUCGACAAUGAAAAUUCUCCUGUGCAAUAUAAGCCCGUUAGCGUUCACCCGCAAUGCUAUAAUGAUAUAAGUUUUUGGUUACCUGAGGAUGGGACUUAUUCAUCGCAAGAUUUUUACGACAUUGUUCGAGAAAUCGGAGGCGACACCAUUGAGCAAAUCUCAUUGAUCGAUGAAUUUAUUCAUUCAAAGACAAAGAAAACAUCACAUUGCUAUAGAAUCAUCUACAGACAUUUAGAACGUGUCCUCAGUCAAGACGAGGUGAAUAAAAUUCAUCGUCAAAUUGAAAAUACUUUGCGAGAUCGACUCCGAAUCACCAUUAGAUAAAAUCUGAAAAAUUUCCCAAAAAUAUUAAUUUACAAAUUUUACCUGUUUUUCAAAUUCCUACCUAUAAAUUAUUUCAAAAAAAAAAACUACUUAUAAAAAAAACUAUUCCAGUGGAAUAUUUCUUUAUAUAAAAAAUUCAUUCAU